GUUGGGGCGUCUCCUUCUGCCGUCACCGGCGUCGAUCUGUCGACGAGAGACUGCACGCACCCUACGUCUGCAGGAAUAAAGCCAGUUUUUAUUUAUUUACAAGCUAUUGUUCGUUCAUGUUACCAAUUGCAACGAGGGUGAAUCGGAGUUGCGAAAGGGGUGGACUCCGAGGUGGUCCUUGUACCAGUGAAAAGUAAACCCAACCAGUUAUGACCAGUUAGGACAGUGAUAAGUGACCGAGGAAUCGUCGUCCUCGUCGCGGGCGGAAGAGGACACACGGUUAUUUUCGUGCGGAAAUCAUGGUGCCACCGGAAAUCGAGCCACCCUCUUCGGGUCGCAGCCCGGGAUCGUCGAAUCGGCGAUGAUAACUGCGGGCAGUCUCAACUAAAACGACGUGAAACGGGGAACGCGUUGCCUGAUUCUCUCUCUCUCUUUCUCUCUCUCUCCCUCAACGUUUCAACUCGGGCUUUCUCCUCGCCCUGGGUAAAAAAAUCCGCCCUUGCCACCGCAGGACACGAAACUCAACGGGCUAAUAACCAUCGUUGAGCACGAUGGCUUUGAGCAGUUUGCAGCAUAAACGAUGGCCGAUUCACGCGGCCCCAACCCAAUAAGUCAGUUGUGGACCGCGACAGUGUCUCCCGAACCGGACUCGGAGUGUCUCUACGAGGAGAUAUCAGGCCUUUCCGGGGGUCAUGAAUUAGACAGAUCGGAAGAAGGGAGCGAGGGUGGUCAUAGGAGGAACGGCGCGGGAGGGGAUAGGGGAGUCCUCGAUUAUACGUCCAGGGUGGAGAAGCAAUAUGCGGUGCGAGGGUGUUACGGGGAGUCUGGACCAGGCGCCGCACUCGACGCGGCUGCCACCCUCAAGCUGACGAGGGGUCGAACUGCUCGCUACGUCUCACCCCAUUACCAAUACGGUGCAGGUCAGAUCGCAGAGCGCCCUAGCGGCAGGUCACCACGCGAUCGUUUCAACCGCGGCUCCUUCAGUAAUGAGACGCAGGAAGAAAUACAAGAGGACGAUGAAGCCACUCUUAGGGAGUUGCUUGUAAGUCUGCAGAAGCAGGUCAGCGUGAUGAGUAUGAACUUGAGUGCCAAGCUGGAUGAGCUGCAGCGGGGCGACCGCCAGCUAGAAACAACUGUUGCACUAUGUGAAAUUCGAACCCAACUGCAGGAACUUACCAAGAGCGUUGAGUCUUGUCAGAGCGAAGUCAGUGAAGUUAAACGCGACAUGGUGGCGAUCAAGCACGAGUUAGACACGGUUCAGCAGGUCAAGGAAGAGAUAGAAGAAUUACGGGAGUGCGUGGAUCGCCUGGAAGAACAUUCCCAUCGAAGAAAGCUCAGACUUCUUGAACAGGGGCUGACAUUAUUCCUGUCGUAUGCAAUUCUGGCAGCAGUACUUGGCAUGCUACAGUUUGGAUACAACACUGGCGUUAUAAAUGCUCCCGAAUUGAAUAUUGAGAACUUCAUGAAGGAUGUGUACAAAGACAGGUAUGGGGAAGACAUUAACGAGAACGCAGUUAAGAGGUUGUACUCAGUUGCGGUCAGUAUAUUCGCCAUUGGCGGUAUGCUUGGCGGUUUUAGUGGAGGAAUGAUUGCCAACAGAUUUGGCAGAAAGGGGGGCUUACUGCUAAACAACGUGCUGGGCAUCGUCGGGGCAUGCCUUAUGGGUUGCACCAAAAUUGCCAACUCAUAUGAAAUCCUGUUCCUCGGCCGGUUCAUCAUCGGUGUUAAUUGUGGCUUAAACACCUCCUUGGUUCCCAUGUACAUAUCGGAGAUAGCACCACUGAACUUGAGAGGCGGCCUGGGCACGGUGAACCAGCUCGCUGUUACGGUGGGCCUCCUGGUCUCCCAGGUGUUGGGCAUCGAGCAGAUUCUUGGCACAAAAGAUCGCUGGCCCGUUCUUUUAGGUUUGGCCAUCUGCCCUGCCAUCCUACAGCUAGUAUUAUUACCAUUUUGUCCAGAAUCUCCCAGAUACUUGCUCAUAACAAAGCAAUGGGAAGAGGAAGCAAGGAAAGCCUUGAGAAGGCUGAGAGCUAGUAAUCAAGUGGAAGAAGAUAUUGAAGAGAUGAGAGCAGAGGAACGUGCUCAACAGGCAGAAGCUUCCAUUUCAAUGACAGAACUCAUAUGCAGUCCAACAUUGAGGGCUCCUCUGGUCAUUGGUGUUGUUAUGCAGUUGUCACAACAGCUGUCUGGUAUUAACGCAGUUUUUUACUAUUCUACAGAUCUGUUCAUGAGUUCUGGAUUGACCGAAGAGAGUGCAAAGUUUGCAACUAUUGGUAUCGGAGCUAUCAUGGUUGGUAUGACGCUGGUCUCGAUUCCGCUGAUGGACAGGACAGGACGACGCACCCUUCACUUGUACGGUCUCGGCGGGAUGUUCAUCUUCUCGAUCUUCAUCACCAUUUCGUUCCUAAUAAAGGAGUUUUUCGGUUUCGUGCAGGAAAUGAUCGACUGGAUGUCUUACCUUUCGGUGGUCUCAACACUCAGUUUUGUCGUGUUCUUUGCUGUGGGACCUGGAUCCAUUCCGUGGAUGAUUACAGCAGAGCUAUUCUCCCAGGGUCCUAGGCCAGCAGCCAUGUCCAUUGCUGUGCUCGUUAAUUGGAUGGCUAAUUUCCUGGUCGGCAUAUGUUUUCCAAGCAUGAAGACUGCGCUAGACACCUACACGUUCCUGCCAUUCAGUGCAUUCUUAGCCAUCUUUUGGAUAUUCACAUACAAAAAGGUUCCGGAGACGAAGAACAAAACGUUCGAAGAAAUCCUUGCCUUGUUCAGGCAUGGUAACGACAGGAGCAGCUUGCGGGAAAGCAGAUUAUACGGGAGCAUGCUAAACUGUGUGAAUGCGUUAGAGGAGCACAUACCGCCAGCGGAGAGCGCUGCCCUGAUGGUGGCCGAGGAGAAGCCACAUCCAGACUCAUUUGUGUUUGCAGCUGGCUCCGAGCGAUCUUCCAUCGCUCCCGCUCAGCCGGAGAGACCACCGCCCCCGCUUCCCCCGCCACGCUUUCCGAACAGCGGUGUCUGACAAUGGGAAACUCCUCUUAACAUUGGGAACUUUAUGAUGAUGAACACACCGAUGCCACUACCCCUGCUUCUGAGUACGAACAGCCUAACGUUGGAGAAUCAUCUCUACGAGAUAAUAACGGAACGGAGCAAAGCUUGCGCGAUGUUCCUGAGAAAUAGCCUGCGGCGUGCGGCUAAUGCGACGACUCUCACGUGGAACGUAAACUCCGAAGGCGAGCCGCAGUUUCAUACGGACUCUUAGAAGAAAUUUCAUAGGUCAUCAGUGCCUAUUUCAAUGGUGUCCAAUAUAUUCGAACACGGUCUAAUUCACGUAUUUAUACACAAGCAAACACACACACACAUACACACAGACACAUAUAGAAAUUCAAACCAGAGACGUUGAUCCGAGAACACACACUUCAAACCUUAAUUAGUAUGUAGCCUCCUCGUAAUAUAAAUUAUAUAAUAUAAUAAUUAAUGAACAUUGUAUAAGAGAUCUAUUAUAUGAUGCAUUAUGUUAAUCGAGAAUCGAUUAAUAUUUGUAUAUAUAUAAAGGUAAGAUCGACGCUCACUGGCAGAAAGAAGAGGAUUAAAAAAAAAAAAACAAAAACAAAAAAAACAAAAAAACAAAACGGCACAUAAACAAAAAUAAAAACAAAUGCAAUUAUCGACCACACUAAUUUAUGUGUAAUGAACUAUAAUAGAAUGGUGAAGCAAUUGUG